AUGCACCCUGCUACUUUCCUGGUACUGUUCCCAUUGGUGUCUGCCACCCCCUCGAACCGAGCACAGCCCGUACCCCUUCUCAAACCUAGAGGGGCUCAGCUUGUUGAUGGGAAGUACAUUGUGAAACUACAACAUGAUGCCAUCGAAGGUGUCCUGAGCUCGACGAUAAGCACGCUCGCAAACAACGCUGAAUUUGUCUACAAUACGGGCAAGUUUAGGGGAUUCGCUUCAGGAUUGACAGCUGCUGAGCUUGACGCCCUACGUAAUGACGACAGUGUUGAAUAUAUCGAGCAAGAUGGUAUCGUCACUAUCAAGACUACCCAGACAAAUGCAGAUUGGGGUUUGGCGCGCCUAUCUAGCAAAGAGCCUGGGAGUACGACGUACACCUAUGAUAACUCGGCCGGGAAGGGUACUUGCGUCUAUGUCGUUGAUACUGGUAUCGACACGAGCCAUCCUGAGUUUGGAGGUCGAGCUGAAUUUCUUGCCAACUAUGCCGACAAUGAUAACACGGACGGUCAUGGGCAUGGAACACACGUUGCUGGCACCAUUGGCUCUGUUACGUACGGUGUUGCUAAAAAAACCAAGUUAUUUGCCGUCAAGGUACUUGAUUCUAACGGCUCGGGCGCAAACUCACAGGUCAUUGCAGGUAUGGGAUUUGUGGUCGACGAUGCGCCUGCCCAAGAUUGUCCCAAUGGCGUGCUUGUUAACAUGUCCCUCGGUGGAGCAACGUCGACUGCUGUGAAUGAAGCUGCUGCUGCCGUGGUCGAGGCUGGUUUAUUCCUCGCAGUAGCAGCUGGCAACGAAGCGGUGGGUGCUUCCACCUCCUCUCCGGCCUCUGAGAAUUCGGUUUGCACCGUCGGCGCUACCGACAUAGACGACCACCUUGCUGAGUACUCCAACUUCGGCAAACUUGUCGACAUCCUUGCGCCAGGGACAGACAUCAAGAGCACGUGGCGUGGCAAUAGAACCAACACCAUAUCUGGGACCUCCAUGGCUAGCCCCCACAUUGCUGGUCUCGCAGCCUAUCUCCUCGGUCUAGGUUCCACCCCAACAGAUCCGCAAGAACUAUGUAGCUACAUUGGUCAGACGGCGCUUUCAGAUGUCAUUCUGGGAGUUCCUGGCAGUACAGUCAACCUACUAGCACAAAAUGGCGAUACUACAAGUAACAGAACGGUCGUCUAGAGCUAUAUAAGACGUUCUCGAAUGCUAUACGUUACAGAAAUUAAGACCUAAGAGAAGUAGGCUAGCUCGAGUUAUUAUAUUAAAACAAAAGUAGUAUAAAGAGUAUAAUUAAAUAUUUAUUUAUAUUAUU